AAUUCUUCUAUGCUAUGCUAUGCCCCUAAAACUACAACUCUCUUAUGUUACACCACUACUACUCUCUCUUGUUACACCACUACUACUCUCUUAUGUUACACCACUACUACUCUCUUAUGUUACACCACUACUACUCUCUUAUGUUACACCACUACUACUCUCUCAUGUUACACCACUACUACUCUCUCAUGUUACACCACUACUACUCUCUUAUGUUACACCACUACUACUCUCUCUUGUUACACCACUACUAUUCUCUCAUGUUACACCACUACUACUCUCUCAUGUUACACCACUACUACUCUCUUAUGUUACACCACUACUACUCUCUCUUGUUACACCACUACUACUCUCUCAUGUUACACCACUACUACUCUCUUAUGUUACACCACUACUACUCUCUUAUGUUACACCACUACUACUCUCUCAUGUUACACCACUACUACUCUCUUAUGUUACACCACUACUACUCUCUUAUGUUACACCACUACUACUCUCUCAUGUUACACCACUACUACUCUCUCAUGUUACACCACUACUAUUCUCUUAUGUUACACCACUACUACUCUCUCAUGUUACACCACUACUACUCUCUCUUGUUACACCACUACUAUUCUCUCAUGUUACACCACUACUACUCUCUCAUGUUACACCACUACUACUCUCUCAUGUUACACCACUACUACUCUCUUAUGUUACACCACUACUACUCUCUUAUGUUACACCACUACUACUCUCUUAUGUUACACCACUACUACUCUCUCAUGUUACACCACUACUAUUCUCUCAUGUUACACCACUACUACUCUCUUAUGUUACACCACUACUACUCUCUCAUGUUACACCACUACUACUCUCUUAUGUUACACCACUACUACUCUCUCAUGUUACACCACUACUACUCUCUUAUGUUACACCACUACUACUCUCUUAUGUUACACCACUACUACUCUCUCAUGUUACACCACUACUACUCUCUCAUGUUACACCACUACUACUCUCUUAUGUUACACCACUACUACUCUCUCAUGUUACACCACUACUAUUCUCUCAUGUUACACCACUACUACUCUCUUAUGUUACACCACUACUACUCUCUCAUGUUACACCACUACUACUCUCUUAUGUUACACCACUACUACUCUCUCAUGUUACACCACUACUACUCUCUUAUGUUACACCACUACAAGUCUCCUAGGUCACACCACUACUACUCUCUCAUGUUACACCACUACUACUCUCUCAUGUUACACCACUACUACUCUCUUAUGUUACACCACUACUACUCUCUUAUGUUAG